AUGCACAUACCCCAUAAUGUGAUAUGGGAGAGAGCUGCUCAGCCAAAACAACAAUUCAUUGCCUGGCUGGCCAUUCAGCAUAGAUUGAAGACCAGGGAUCGGCUACACAAUCAGUGGGAUAUCUCUGAUAAGAAGUGUUUACUUUGUGAUGUCUGUGAUGAGAAUCAUAGUCAUUUAUUCUUUGAAUGCUUUUACAGUAGCAGAGUUUGGCAGGAUGUUAGAGAUUGGAUGGGCUUUGGUCCUGAGAUCCUCAAGCUUAAUACUCUGGUUCGAGUUUGCAGAAGGUUUAGAAACAGAUUCCAGAGAACUAUGGUGCAGGCCUGCAUUUUAGCUGUUAUCUACCAGAUCUGGAGAGUCAGAAAUGUAGCUUUCUGGGAAAAGAAAGUUAUGAACAUACCAAACAUUGCUAGGUGUAUAAAGUCUGAUGUAAAGCAUAGAUUACUAGCUAUAGGAGGAAAGAAGCUACGUGUUUAUGCUAUGGAAUUCUUGAGUGAGAAGGGAGCAUGGAUCAUGGUCUAA